UUCAAUUCUUUCAUAAUUUUUGCUCGGUGCUGUGUGCCGUUCUUAGAUGUCAGUCUGAUUUCCUCGCUUUUCGCGGUGUGACUCGUGGUUCGGGGCCCUUUGAAAAAGCGUAAGCAGCUGUUUCCCCCCCGUGAUUAUUGUGAUUGUGUAAGUCCUUCGAGGCUAUAUUUCAAAGGGCAGUCAGCGGUGAUAAUUAAAUGCUAGUGUUACUUCCGGUGUUACAGUUCUUGAGUGUAAUUUUAGUUUAGUUCCUCUGAUUUUCUAUUGCGUUUGAACUCGGGCUUCCGUGUGCUCGACGUGUUCUGAAUAGUCAGUGUGAAAAUCGAUUGAUUUGCUGAGCGAUUUUUUAUCUUCCGGACACAAUCAUACUGGAGAAAAAUGUCGCAAGUGGCUGUGAAUGGAGAGAUUGGUGCUCAAAUCAAUCACGAGGAAAUGCAUCAACGCCGCUUAAAUCCGGACCUCUCGAAGGUGACGGUUGUCCUUGGCGCUCAGUGGGGCGAUGAGGGCAAGGGAAAAGUGGUAGACAUGCUGGCCACUGAAGCGGACAUCGUCUGUCGCUGCCAGGGAGGAAACAACGCCGGACACACUGUUGUGGUGGACGGCAAAGCUUUCGAUUUCCACCUGCUGCCCAGUGGUAUAAUCAAUGAAAAAUGCAAAUCAGUUAUCGGUAACGGUGUGGUUAUCCACCUUCCCGGACUGUUCGAGGAGCUGGCAAAAAAUGAGGCGAAAGGACUCACCAACUGGGAGAACCGGUUGAUCAUUUCCAAUCGCGCCCAUCUGGUGUUCGAUUUGCACCAGCAGGUCGAUGGUCUGCAGGAGGCCGAGAAGGGAGGCAAAUCGCUGGGUACCACCAAGAAAGGCAUCGGUCCGUGUUACUCGAGCAAAGCCACUCGCAAUGGGAUCAGGGUUUCCGAUUUGCUCGGAGAUUUCAAGAUCUUCAGUGAGAAAUUCGAGUCUCUUGUGAAUAUGUACAAACGUCUUUUCCCCAGUUUCGACGUCGACAUCGCUGCUGAACUGGCCAGAUACCGCGAGUAUGCCGAACGUUUGCGGCCACUAGUACGUGAUACGGUUUCCUUCUUGCAUACGUCCCUCAAGGAACACAAAACUGUCCUGGUGGAGGGUGCCAAUGCUGCUAUGUUAGAUAUUGAUUUUGGUACCUAUCCAUACGUAACCAGCAGCAAUUGCAGUAUCGGUGGGGUGCUUACUGGUUUGGGUUUGCCUCCACAAACCAUCGGCGAAGUUAUUGGCGUGGUGAAGGCCUACACCACUCGUGUUGGUGAUGGACCGUUUCCAACUGAGCUGCACGAUGAAAUUGGCUCACUGCUGCAAAAGCGUGGCGGUGAGAUCGGUGUUACCACCCAGCGAGUGCGCAGAUGUGGCUGGCUAGAUUUGGCUCUGCUGCGGUACACGGCCAUAGUGAACGGCUACACAUCGAUCUGUCUAACCAAGCUGGACAUUUUGGAUACGCUCAAGGAAAUCAAGGUGGCUGUGAGUUACAACCUGAACGGCGAACUAAUCGACUACUUCCCGGGCUCGAUCAGCGACCUUGGACAGGUCGAAGUCAAUUACAUCACGGUGCCCGGUUGGCUCAAGUCGACGGAGAACGUGCGCGAAUUCAGCGAGCUUCCACCGGAGGCACAAGACUACGUCCGGUUAAUCGAGAAAAACUUGGGCAUACCGGUGAGGUGGAUUGGUGUUGGUAAGGGUCGCGAAUCGAUUAUCAACGUGAGGGACUAAUACUGAGAAGAGAUGACAUGAUAAUGAUGUAUGUGUCUUUUUUGUUACAAUACGCUUUGUGGUAAUUCUGGGGAUUUAUUAGCAGACGGGACAGAGUUGAGUUGUAUUACUUGAGAGCCGGAAUAAUCCUAGCCGCUACAUAUGGAAGUAGCGUAGCCAUAGAUGAUCUUAUACACUAGUGUUAAUUAUUACAAAGGAAGCGAACUUUUGAACACCAAAUUCUAAUGGAACACAAUAUCAGCUUUCGAAACAAUUAAACAGGUCAGAUGCCGGUUUUAAAAAUAUCCCCCUCAAUUAUGUGUAGUAUAAUAAUUGUACAUUUUUUGAAACUUACAUUAACUUUUCUCGAUGAUACGACCUAAAUCGUUACUACUGUUGUGUUGAUGGUAACAGCGCAAGCUGUUAUUAUGAUUGGACAAAUACUUAAUUAACUGUACAGUACAGUGUUAUCGCACAAAUGAAAUAAAAAAUAGCCUAGUAUUGAGGCCCUGAGGUAAAUAUAAUCGACCGAGAACAGAAUGUUAAGAAUUACUAUUUAGCUAGGUUGUAUAUUGAUGAAAAACAGAACUGUACACAUAUUCAAAAUGCUAUUAAGCCGCUCUUUGUUUGCAAGCUGACAACAGAUGAUAAUACACAUACUGAAAAAAUCUUGGUUUUCCACGGUUGACGAAUGGAAUGUCGUGCUUGGAAGUAUCUUGGACAAAUGAAAGCAUUUGUCGUUUUUUGUUAUUACCAGGCAAAAAAAAACCAGCUAGUGAAAUUUUUGUUCUACUAUUCAUCAUUUCAAGAUAAUGCAAGUCGAGCGUGCUUUAUGUUGAUGCGUAUUGUAAAAUAAACUAGGUUAAUUAGUUUAA